CAACUUGAGAAAGAGAGUGCCGGGCGCCCAACCUCCCCGCCAUUUAGCAUAAAAUCCCUAAUUACAAAAUCCAAACACAAACCCUUCUUCUCUCUCUCUCACACACACACGCACACACAUUUACAUUCACAUUCACAUAUUCUCUUCUUUCAAGUCUUCCCUCCUCUCCUGCUGCCAACCCAACACUCCAAAACACAAACAGAAGAACUACCUCCCCCACUUUCUGCAACCGCAUCCAAUAAUAAUAUAAUAAAUACAAAAACCGAACACAACAUAAUCCUGUUUCUGUGAGCGGUUCUCUUUGUCUCUGAUUUUAUUGAAUUGAAUUUCGAUCCAAAAUUCAAGCGAUGGCGACGGAGCAGCAAGUGGCCUUGAUCCUUGGCUCCGACCCGACUCACCUCGAAUCCCUAAUCCAGACGCUGACGUCAGCCACCACCAACGACCAGCGGGCCCAGGCCGAGUCCCUCUUCAACGCCUGCAGGCAAGCCCAGCCCGACUCCCUCUGCCUGGGCCUUGCCAGCCUCCUGCACUCCUCCCCUAAUCCCGAGACCCGCACCGUCUCCGCUGUCCUCCUCCGUCGCCACCUCACCCCCCGAGCCUGGCCUGACCUACUCCCCCUCCUCUUCCAGUGGGUGACAUCCGACCAACCCAAGCUCCAGGAGAUUUCCCUCCUCAUAUUCGCCGAGCUUGCAGACUACGUUGGCGAGGCCCUAAUUCCUCAAUUGACGACCCUCCACGCCGUUUUCCUCCGCUGCCUCGGCCCCUCGUCCACCUCCGAUGUCAGAAUUGCCGCCCUGGCAGCCAGCAUUAAUUUCGUGCAGAGGUUGACGAGUUCCUCCGAUAGGGACAGGUUCCAGGAUUUGCUUCCGCUGAUGAUGCAGACGCUGACGGAGGCGCUGAAUUCCGGUCAGGAGGCUACUGCACAGGAGGCGCUGGAGCUUUUGAUUGAGCUUGCUGGUACCGAGCCAAGGUUCCUCCGGCGGCAAAUUGUGGAAGUGGUAGGGUCCAUGCUGCAGGUUGCUGAGGCUGAGUCCUUGGAGGAGGGGACAAGGCAUUUGGCUAUUGAAUUUGUGGUGACUUUGGCUGAGGCGAGGGAAAGGGCACCGGGGAUGAUGAGGAAGUUGCCACAGUUUAUUAGGAGGCUGUUUGGGGUUCUGAUGAAUUUGUUGCUUGAUGUGGAGGAUGAUCCUACUUGGCACAGUGCCGAGCUGGAGAAUGAGGAUGCUGGGGAGACCAGCAAUUAUGGUUUUGGACAGGAGUGUUUGGAUAGGCUGGCUAUUUCUUUGGGUGGGAACACGAUUGUGCCGGUUGCCUCCGAGCUUCUGCCAGGUUACUUGGCUGCUCCUGAGUGGCAGAAGCACCAUGCUGCCCUCAUUGCACUUGCGCAAAUUGCGGAGGGUUGUUCAAAGGUGAUGAUAAAGAAUUUGGAGCAUGUGUUAUCAAUGGUUUUAAGUUCAUUUAGUGAUGCUCACCCGCGUGCACGAUGGGCAGCUAUAAAUGCAAUUGGUCAAUUGUCCACAGAUUUGGGGCCAGACUUGCAGACUAAAUAUCAUCACUUAGUGCUGCCAGCGUUAGCUGGUGCCAUGGAUGAUUUUCAAAAUCCCCGUGUGCAGGCUCAUGCUGCCUCUGCAGUUCUAAAUUUCACUGAGAAUUGUACCCCGGAGAUCCUAACACCUUACUUAGAUGGGAUUGUGAGCAAGCUUCUUGUACUCCUGCAGAAUGGGAAGCAAAUGGUUCAAGAAGCGGCUUUGACAGCUUUAGCUUCAGUUGCUGAUUCGUCACAGGAGCAAUUUCAGAAGUAUUAUGAUGCUGUGAUUCCUUACUUAAAGGCUAUUUUGAUGAAUGCAAAUGAUAAAUCUAAUCGAAUGCUUCGUGCCAAAGCAAUGGAGUGCAUUAGUUUAGUAGGAAUGGCUGUUGGAAAGGAGAAGUUCAGGGAUGAUGCCAAACAGGUCAUGGAUGUAUUGAUGUCGCUGCAACAAUCCCAGUUGGAGGCUGAUGAUCCGACUUCAAGUUACAUGUUACAAGCAUGGGCACGGCUUUGCAAAUGCCUUGGGCAGGAUUUUCUACCAUAUAUGGGUUUUGUCAUGCCUCCUUUGCUACAGUCUGCACAACUUAAGCCAGAUGUGACCAUUACAUCAGCAGAUUCUGAUACUGAAUUCGAUAAUGAUGAUGACAGCAUCGAAACAAUCACUCUUGGGGAUAAAAGGAUAGGAAUUAAGACAAGUGUCCUGGAGGAGAAGGCUACAGCCUGUAACAUGCUUUGUUGCUAUGCAGAUGAGUUGAAGGAAGGAUUCUUUCCUUGGAUUGAACAGGUUGCUUUUACAUUGGUUCCUCUUCUUAAAUUUUACUUCCAUGAAGAAGUUAGGAAGGCGGCAGUUUCAGCUAUGCCGGAACUGUUAUCAUCAGCAAAAUCAGCUGUAGAAAAAGGGCAAGCACAAGGUCGUGAUGAGACCUACAUAAAACAGCUGUCUGAUUAUAUAAUACCAAAUUUGGUGGAGGCUCUACACAAGGAGCCAGAGGUAGAAAUUUGUGCAAGCAUGUUGGAUGCAUUGAAUGAAUGCAUACAGGUCUCUGGACCACAUCUAGAUGAAAAGCAAGUACGAAGCAUUGUUGAUGAGAUAAAACAAGUCAUUACAGCCAGUUCAUCAAGAAAACACGAAAGAGCAGAGAGGGCCAAGGAAGAGGACUUUGAUGCUGAGGAAAGAGAACUACUCAAAGAAGAAAAUGAGCAAGAAGAAGAACUUUUUGAUCAAGUUGGCGAUUGCUUGGGCACUUUGAUAAAGACAUUUAGAGGGUCUUUCUUGCCUUUCUUCGAUGAGCUUUCAUCGUACCUGACGCCCAUGUUUGGUAAAGAUAAAACUUCAGAGGAAAGGAGGAUUGCCAUUUGUAUAUUUGACGAUGUUGCUGAGCAUUGUCGUGAGGCAGCUCUCAAGUACUAUGAUUCCUACCUUCCAUUCUUACUUGAGGCUUGCAAUGAUGAAUAUCCAGAUGUUCGGCAGGCAGCUGUUUAUGGGGUUGGUGUUUGUGCGGAGUAUGGCGGAUCUGUUUUCAAACCCCUUGUUGGAGAGGCGCUCUCAAGGUUAGAUGCUGUUAUAAGGCAUCCGGAUGCACUGCAUUCUGAUAACAUAAUGGCAUAUGACAAUGCUGUUUCAGCUGUUGGAAAAAUAUGUCAGUUCCACCGCGAUAGCAUAAAUGCAGCCCAGGUUGUUCCUGCCUGGCUAAGUUGCUUGCCUAUUAAAGGUGAUUUAAUCGAGGCCAAGGUUGUGCAUGACCAACUUUGUUCAAUGGUUGAAAGGUCUGAUAGAGAACUCAUAGGGCCAAACAAUCAAUAUCUUCCCAAAAUAGUUGCGGUUUUUGCCGAGAUUCUAUGCGCUGGUAACGAUCUGGCUACUGAACAAACUUCCAGUAGGAUAAUCAAUUUGUUGAGGCAACUUCAACAAACUUUGCCGCCUCAUACCCUCGCUUCGACCUGGUCAUCCUUGCAGCCUCAGCAGCAGCUUGCUCUGCAGUCGAUCCUAUCGAUAUCAACCUAGUAAUAUUUGUUUUGUUACCUUUAAAGAUGCGCGUGUCUAUAGUCAUUGGGUAUUGCAGUUGUGCCAUUUGCGGGUAGCUGCUAUGUCAGGUGAGGUCUAAUCUGUUCCUUUUAAGCAUUAAAGUGUCUUUCUUAGACCAGCAGCUGUGUCUGGUUGGUAUGUCUUAGUUGCUGCAUCCAUAUUUGACAAUGCAACUCGCCGAGUUGGUUGGAUGAGAAGCAAAGUUUUGGGGUUUAUUUGUGUACAUUUAAGUGUCAGAACUUGGAAGGGAUUUUGUGUUUAAGGGAUGAACAGCUUGGAACUCGGUCGACUUUGGAUGAUGGGACGAGGUUCUGUUGCUGAGCCAUGCUUGACUCAGGAAAAUUUCAUAGCAUUCUUUCUUUUUUUCGUUUUUCAGUUGUACCAGUUUUGAUGAGUCAUAAAACAUUGUCACAGUUUUGAUUAAUUUGUAUAUCUGCUGGUUUCUUUCCUUGC